UUGGGAGAAUUCAUACGACAAGAGUAUAACGACUAUUUGGGCGAUAAAUACUCGCCCCGAGAGGUGUUUGACAGAAGUUCAAUCACCGAUCGAUGCAUUGAAAGCACAUCCAGUCUAUUGGCCGGCGCUUAUCCGCCCAAAACUCAAGACUGGAUUUGGGAUAUCGGAGGGGACGCUAAGUUGGCUCAUUCCUGGCAACCCAUUCCUAUCCAGACUUUUAUGCCACACGAAGACGAUCUGGUUUGCAAUGAGGACAAAAACUGUCCGCUUGUGGACGCGGAGAGGGCAAAGAUAUUUGAAAGACCGGAACUUAAAAAGUUUACUGAAAGUCAGAAAGAAGUAUAUAAGAAGGCAUCGGAGGCCAGCGGAUGGUAUAUUAAAUCUAUCAGAGAUGCAGCCAUUUUGUGGGAUACACUGCAGAUUGAAUUCGCUCGCAAUUACAUCUGGAAUAAGACGUGGACUCAGGAGGAAGAGAAGAAAAUGAUCGACGACUUGUAUUUAUCGCGAGAAAUUCAAUUCCGAUAUGAUUGGGACAGUCCGGUCAUCAGACGGCUGAGAGGCGGCGGUUUGGCCUCACAGUUGAUCCAUAAUAACCAGAAAGUGGUGGACAAUAAAAACGAUCGGAAACUAUACGUAUACUCAACGCACGACUCAACUGUUGCCGCACUAAUCAAUGCACUCAAUCUGUCAAACCGUGAUUUUCCGCCCUUCGGUGCGACCCUUCUCUUUGAAUUACACCAAAACAAUAAAACUAAUGAAUAUUUUGUGAGAGCUUUCUAUCAAAACGAGACCACAAUUAAUGAAGGGAUACCUCAUUUGCUCAGUUGGGGUGACUGCCAGUCGUUAACCGAUUGUCCAUUCAAUAAAUACAUUGAAUCAACAAAACACUUGUUGUACACAGACUUUGAUAAGGAAUGUAAUGCU